AUGAACAUUCAAUUAUUAUUUGAAGACGGGAAAGGUUCUGUUAUCGACAAAUAUGGCCGACCUGAACCAAUGGAUUAUACUAUUGAUGAGGAGCAAUUUCGUCUUGAAACAUUGAGCUCUCCUACACAAUAUUUCGCACAAUUUCCUCUGGAGAGUGAGAAUAAAGUAGAGAUAAUGCAGAUGAAAAAGGAGACAAAGGCUAGGCAAAGUGAGGUUUUUCAAACUACUACAAAACAGCUCGGGAUUCACAUUCGCACGGCACAAAAAUGGAGUAAACAGUACGAGAAGGAUUCUGAUAGUAUUUUUGAGAAACACAAGAAUUUUUAUUCACGAAUGCAUCGGUUAGAAUCCUUCAGCCGUCCUCGACGAACUCGUCUUCAGCCUAUAGACCGAAAUAGCGACGAAAAGAUUUUAGGGCGCUUGGAUUUGGGUUCUGUGGCGUGGUCACAGAAAGGCACAUCGGCCGUGGUCACAGCUCCCAAAAGACGUGCAACAACAACCAUUCUGGGCGCGAUUUCUGCUGAAGGCCUAAUCAAAUGCAGCCUUAGAUUUCCUCAGUCUUCAUCUAAUAAAAAGAGAAAAUGGGGAGACGGUGUUGAGCAUAUGAGCAAAGGAACGGUUACCGGAUAUUAUGUCAGCUUUCUGAAGGCGACAAUGGAUGAAAUGGGCUAUUAUCCACACAUUAAAGGUCACUACCUCAUGAAAGAUAGCUCUUAUCCGUACAUCAAAGUACAUAGCCAAAUACGUAGAAUCUCGCGGUUACGGCUGCGCUUACUUGUCUCCUUAUUCUCCUGGACUCAAUUAAAUCGAGCAAUUUCGGUCAGUGGUAAAAAGUAA